UGGACGAACAAAUGGAUAACGUAAGAUAGUUUUAUUUUAUCAAAUGGUAAUCGUAUAUCGAUUAUUAUUACUCGAUAGUAACGAUAGAAUUUUAUCAUAGGAAUUUUGGUUUUUGCUAUAUCAAAUCAGACCGUAUGCCGCAUUGAUGCCAUCACCUAAUGCAAAAACGAUAGUCACUGCUUGGAUUCAAACUCUAUGUCGAUUGAGCUGUAACAAGUGUAGCAAAAUGAAAGGACUUAGAAACGAUUACGCUUACGCCCUUUACGGAUACGUAAGGGAUUUGCGAAUAGCCGGACCGUUCGAAGAUUAUCCGCCUAUGAAUUAUCUCGAAUCGUUACCAGAAGCAGCCAGGCAAGCCGCAAAGAAGCAUCCACUGACGUCGCCUUUUUCUCAAGAGGCAGAUUCCUUUAUUAUGGAACAACCAACAACCGAGGAAGGUGCUUUUUGUUAUAUCGCUGUGACGGGUGACGUCAUUGAAACCACCGCCAAGUAAUCGUAAAAAAAAGGGGCAAGGAAAAACAAAACAAGCAAAGCAAACAAA